AUGUCAAGCUUCGAUAAGUUCCUCAAUCCCGCAUUCUGUGCGAAUAACACAAGCUCGCCAUGUCCCAACAAGACCUCCCAGGCUAAUAGUGCUUGCGGCCGCUGCUACUUGGUUGUGUAUUGCGGCAAAGAAUGCCAGAAAGAACAUUGGCCCAUACACAAAGAGAAUUGUAAGGACGCUCUGGGGUAUGAGACAUGGAAGCCAGACUGGCACAGAGGAGAUCGAAAGCCAGAGUUUUUGAAGAAUCGAGACCCAUCUGAACGGAAUUUGAAUGACGGCAAAAUAUCGUGGUGGGGAGGCAUGCCAGCAUUGGACUUGUUGAAACUGGAUAGAAAUGAAGGCCAGGAUGCACCCCCCAAGAUGAGUGUUCUUCUCACAGCAUCACACGAUAUUCGGAACGUAGUCGAGACAAUCGCUCGUCUGCCAGAUACCUAUUCGGGGCAAUGUGAGAUCGUGAUGAAUGGCAUCCACGCUGGGAUUUUCUCGCAGAAUGUUCUUCUUGUUCUGACAGCUUUCCAUUUUCCACCAGAGCACGCUGCCAUUAUCAUGAUUCACUUAUGGUAUUCAGCUUUGAUACCCGCGUCUAUUAUCACCGCAGUCCGAAAAAAGCUCCUGCCAAAGAUUGAGAAAGUCUGCUCUGAAGCUGCACAAAAACGGUCUCAACCGUUUUUCAAGUGCGUCUGGAGGAAGAACAAAGCAUCCUUGCAUGUGGAACUUGCGAGAGAUGAGUGGGAAGGUCUUAAAGGAUACCUUCAGGUUCCUGCUGACUUUUCUGCUACCGAAGCCGCCUGCAAUCGACGAGACGUCAUGUUUGCUGACAAUAGAAAGGAUGAAUUCCAAAGGACUCUAUACGCACAGCCUAGAUACUGGCGUGUCUCCACUAUGAAGUUCCGCGAUGAUGGAAUCAUGCUGCCUUUCGGGUGCUCACGCAAGGCAUUUGACACUCCUAACCCGUUAGUCUGCCCGACCUUUCAUUACUCUGCAGAUCCGCGCACCAGCUGGGACCUCCUGGAUGUAUGCACUGGAGCGUACACUGCGAAUUAUCCUGCGAAGAAUGAUCUGUACGGUAUGCUAUUCAUCUACCUCCGUAAGACUCUCUUGGGUUUCUGUCGCCAAAUUUCGAAACGAGAUGUAAACCUUCGACUUCUUUCUAUCGAUUCACUAAGUCUACCGACAUAUUUCAACCAGCUAGGCGAACAUCCAAGAUUUGACAGAAUUGAUACGUAUGUGGCUGCAGAAACCGGCGUGCUUGGGAUCCACACCGUCCUCAGGGUAUUUACCCCAAUGCUGAAGCCGAAGAUUCAAAAUCCAAAGGCCAUGCUUCUUACCCUCUUUAUCCGCGACAUUGAGGAUAUGUGGACCAAGGACUCCCUCGACAAGGACGUCGCUCGUGCUGUGAAACACCUCCCUCAACCUGAGUCAGCGGCUAGCAAUGAUGCAGACCAGGUGAGAAUUAACAGAUCAAGCUCUUUCUUCUGCAACGUCAGUAAAAUGUUCGAUCUUUACAAAAAAACCUUUGAAUUUGACAAACUCACCCCAACAUUUGGAUUGAAGAUGAGGGGCAGCACCACAAUCGUGGCCCACUGGCCAAUGCGACCUGGAAAACACGCCGCCACGACGGUGUUUGAGAUUCUUGAGGGAUCCGGCGCCACUGGCUGUGAACGCUACGUCGAAUGGGAAUGGGAAUGA